CUUUAUGUACAAGGAAUCAUGAUACCCUUUUAAAUGCUCAAGGAAGAAUAAGCUGCAUGUUUUUUCCGGCAAAACAAUCUCAUCCCAAUUGCAAGUGUUUGUACAUGGCACUUUCUCUUUACCCUUCAUCCUAACUAUUCCCUUUCAUCCCUGUCUGAAGUUCACAAUUAUCACUUCACCGCGAGACACCAUAUAUUAAAUGCCUCUUUUUCUGCUUUAUGCUUUCCCGCUGUGCUUGUUAAAGCAUCUGUAAUUUGUCUGGAGCUCUUAAUAUUCUUUAUUGGUGAAUUUCUUUUCUUACGCAGUUUGUUAUGCUCUCUAUUUUACUGCUCGUUGUUUGUUUUGUGACGAACCUUCACCAUUAAAAGGGCAAGGGUCCUAACCGACAGAAAUUGUCAGCAAUCAUGGAUGAACUCAAGCCUUCCAAGAAUUCGAGGGCUGCUAAAUCAAGGACCAUAGACUUUCAUGCAUCAGUCAAGGAGAAGAAAAAAUAUCCACCUAAUGUUACACGCAAUACAAAAUACAACAUUUUCACCUUCUUGCCUAUAGUACUAUGGGAACAGUUCAAAUUCUUUUUGAAUCUGUAUUUUUUACUCGUAGCGCUUUCACAGUUCAUACCUGCGCUAAAAAUUGGCUACAUUAUUACCUAUGUGGCGCCACUCUGUUUUGUUUUAGCAGUGACAAUAGGCAAGGAGGCUGUGGAUGACAUGAAACGAUACCGACGAGACCAGGAAGCUAAUUCACAGCGCUAUCAGAAGCUUACACCUUCAGGGUUUAAAAUGGUCCCAUCUUCAAAGAUCAAAGUUGGCGACAUGAUUGUUGUCAACAAAAAUCAGAACGUUCCCGCAGAUAUGGUCUUGUUGAGAACUACAGAAGAGUCAGGUGCAUGCUUUAUAAGGACAGACCAACUCGAUGGAGAGACAGAUUGGAAAUUGCGAUUAGCUGUACCGUCUUGUCAGGCUUUACCAAAUGACGAAUCGCUUUUGGAGUUGAAUGCCUCGAUUUAUGCAGAUUCGCCUCACAAGGAUAUUCACAGCUUUGUUGGAAAUUUUACAAAGGAAGGCGAUGGGCCCGGUCCACAUACAGAGUCGUUGAGCGUUGACAACACACUCUGGACGAACACAGUGGUGGCAUCCGGAAAUGCUAUUGGCUUUGUCAUCUAUACUGGUAGAGAUACGCGUGCUGUUAUGAACACAAACCAUCCAAAGACAAAGAUCGGCUUGCUGGAUACGGAAGUCAAUCGCCUCUCAAAGAUUCUUUGCGCAUUCACCUUGACAUUAUCGUUGUCAAUGAUCGCACUUAAUGGGUUUCAAGGCCUAUGGUAUAUAUACUUGUUCCGUUUCUUGAUUCUCUUCUCAUCAAUCAUCCCUAUUUCAUUACGUGUGAACCUGGAUAUGGGGAAAACUGUGUAUGCAUGGCAAAUUAUGAAUGACAAGGAAAUUCCAGGUACCAUUGUCCGAACAAGUACAAUUCCGGAGGAACUUGGACGCAUUGAAUAUUUGUUAUCAGAUAAGACGGGCACUUUGACGAAGAAUGAUAUGGAGCUGAAAAAACUACAUAUGGGGACUAUGUCAUACAGUGUAGAUACAAUGGAUGAGAUUUCAACACAUUUGGACACUGCUUAUUCCCAACACUCAAGCGGAUUCAACAGGGCGCGUGGAGUUGCAUCAGCUCCAUCGCAUGUUGGCGGUAACAAAGCUAGACGCGACAUUUCUUCUCGUGUCCGAGAUAUCGUCCAAGCUUUGGCUGUAUGCCAUAACGUCACACCUGUUGAAGAGGACAACGGAAGCAUCACUUAUCAAGCUUCUUCGCCUGACGAGGUUGCCAUUGUGAAGUGGACCGAGAACGUUGGGCUAACAUUAGUUUUCAGAGACAUCAAUAAUAUCCACAUCAGAAAUUCUAACGGUGACAUCUUUGAGUUCGAAAUAUUGCAGGUUUUUCCAUUCACCAGUGAAACAAAACGCAUGGGUAUCAUUGUCCGGGACUUGGCCACAGGUGAAAUUACCUUUUACGAGAAGGGGGCGGAUGUGGUCAUGGCUAAGAUCGUGCAAUAUAAUGAUUGGCUAGAAGAAGAAUGUGGCAACAUGGCUCGCGAGGGUUUAAGAACUUUGGUUGUAGCCCGGAAGAGACUCUCAGAGGAAUUGUAUCAGGAGUUUGAAUCAAAGUACCAUGUAGCUAAGACUAGUAUCUCGGAUAGAACCAACGCCAUGAACGCAGUUGUUCACCAAGUCCUCGAACAGGAGCUUGAAUUGCUUGGUUUGACAGGCGUCGAGGAUAAAUUGCAGGACGGCGUUAAGACCACACUAGAGCUAUUGAGAAAUGCUGGACUAAAAAUCUGGAUGUUGACUGGAGACAAGAUCGAGACUGCGACGUGCAUUGCUAUUUCAUCCAAGCUUGUAGCCAGGAACCAAAGCAUUCACCAAAUUGCCAAAUUAAAAAAUCCAUUGGAUGCACAGGAUGAGCUGGAUUUGCUUAGAGGCAAGAAGGAUUGCUGUCUAGUGAUUGAUGGCGAGUCAAUCCAGCUUUGCCUCGACUAUUUACGCGAGGAGUUUAUUGAAAUAACAGUUCGAUUGCCUGUCGUUGUUUGCUGCCGUUGCUCUCCAACCCAAAAAGCUGAUAUUGCUCGUUUGAUUAAGCAAUAUACAAAGAAGCGCAUCUGCUGCAUAGGUGAUGGAGGAAAUGAUGUUUCUAUGAUUCAGCAGGCCGAUGUUGGUGUUGGUAUUGUCGGCAAGGAAGGAAAACAGGCGUCACUUGCUGCGGACUUUUCUGUCAACCAGUUCUCAUAUCUGACAAAACUUUUACUUUGGCAUGGACGUAAUUCAUACAAGCGCUCAGCCAAGUUGUCGCAGUUUGUGAUUCACCGUGGGUUGAUUAUUUCAAUCAUGCAAGCGGUCUUUUCGGCUAUGUUUUAUUUUGCACCUAUUGCAUUAUAUCAGGGCAUGUUGAUUGUAGGAUAUACAACCAUUUAUACCAACGCCCCUGUAUUUUCGUUGGUAUUAGAUCGGGAUGUUCCCGAAGAUAUCGCAUUGUUGUAUCCAGAGUUGUACAGGGAUUUAACAAAAGGAAGAUCAUUGUCAUACAAGACUUUCUUCAGUUGGCUUUUGAUUAGUGUCUAUCAAGGCGGUGCGAUCAUGAUAUUAUCCAUUUGGUUGUUUGAGAAUCAAUUUGUGAACAUCGUUUCGAUCUCAUUCACGGCACUAGUCUUGAAUGAGUUGCUAAUGGUUGCUUUGGAGAUCAAUACAUGGCACCGGCUUAUGAUUGUGUCCGAGAUUGCCACUCUUGUUAUCUAUGUUGUUUCAAUGGUUUUCUUGCCAACUUAUUUUGAUUUGGACUUCAUUCUGACGAAAACAUUUGUGUGGAAGGUUGCAGUAAUCACUAUGGUGAGUAGUUUCCCACUCUAUGUGAUCAAGGCCCUUCGCCGGAAGUUCGCGCCACCAAGCUACUCGAAGUUGACAGGAUAGGAGAACAGUUGAGGAAUGAAAGAUACACGAACACACAUCCAUUCACUGUCGUACAAUAAAAAUUUUAAACUGC